AUGACACUCAAUCGAGUUGCGCCCGAGAUUCUUCUCGAAAUCUCUAACCACGUCGAUCAUGGAGAUCUGCGAAAACUUUGCGCCGUAUCUCAUCGUCUAAUGUCAACAUUUGAGCAUCAAAUCUACUCAACCAUUGACUUGAACGAAACUUCACAUUCAGGAAGUGCUUUGCUGGCUCUCGCAUCUGGACCUCGAAGGGAUAUCGUUCGUGAAAUUCGAUACAGGCCUCAUCAUCCUUGGCCUGCUCGAGACAGGAGGCACAGGCCUGAGAUCAAACUCAGUGAAGAAACUCGAACAGCGCUACAAUCUCUCAACUCUUUCCCUUCUUUGGACAAAUUUCAGUUCGACUUGAGUCACUGGGAGUUAUCAGAAUGGGCUCUGUCACCACAGUGUCUGAACCGUUGGGAAUUUCAUCUAUGGCACGGAAAACACGAUACAGAGCCUUGGAGAGUUCUUAUCGAAGAGAGUCUUUUGGCGCUGAGCAAAAGUGCCGGCUCUUUUUCUCAGCUCGAGAUCGAUAGUCUUCCGCCAACUGGACGAGAAACAUAUCGUGCAUGCGAGUCAGAAACAUGGAAGGAUCUUCUCAGAAGCCUAACCUCGUUCGAGGUGACACUUGCUGGUGUCGGGCACACGGGACAUGGCGGGAGCUACAUAUAUGGAAAGAUGACUUCAGCACACCAAGCAUUCAUAACCCUCUUCCCAGAGAUGUUUCUGAAGAAUCUGCAUAAUGUUCAGGUCUUGCGACUCACUGGGAAGGCGAAUGCAGUCAUGGGAAAUGAGCAACUCAUAGAACCCAUAAACUGGGCAUGUCCGUCUAUCAAUCUACCGUGUCUGACAACAUUAGAGCUGGAGUACUCUCAGGUCUCUAGCCAGCUCGUUGUCUUUCUUUCCAAACAUGCAGGGACACUCGAGAAGAUUAGUCUGCGGCACUGUAUAGCCCCAGCCAAGCAAAUCUGGAUCAAUAUCAUCAACCUCUUCCUCAACACACAGCCCAAACAACUACUUGAAUUUACGACCACAGUACUUCCAGUGCAUAAACGCAUUGGAGACCCCUUUUCUGAUCAUUUAGACGGGUCGGAUGUCAAAAUGAGGAGAUUCGUGGUUGGAUUGGCGAAGCACGACAUUGCACCCGUGGAGGAGUGGGACGCUGUGGGUGAUAGUGAUCCAGAACUUGACGAGUCUGAUGUUUGCAAGUUGUGGGAUCAACUUGAAGAGAUGUUGGAGCGGAAUAGGUGCCAUGCACGAUGCUUGCUUCAGGAAGCUAGCCGUAGCACGGUUGUGAACAAACAAUCAUGA